AUGUAUUUGGGAAAAAAAAUCAUGGAAGUAAAGCGGCUCGUGAGUGCAGAAGAAGCUCGUCGGCAAAAGUUGAUUGAGUACCUGACUGCAAAAGGGAAACUCAAACCUCAGAAUAACCCAAAACCCUACUUAAAGGAGUGUACCAACAGGCAAAACAAGCUAACGUCUCAAGUUUCAAAAACAGCACCAGUUUGCAAGCAAAGAGAAAAUGUUCCUCCAAAAGGAAAAUCUGCUCAUCCAUCAAGCAGCAUUAGGACAAAUUCUAAUUCAUGUGUGCAGCAAACAAAAAAUGUUCCUUCUAAAUUACCAACCAAGACAACAAUUUCUGAAUCCACUAAACCCAAAACUACAAAUGUAUCAAGGAAUAUCCAAUCGAAACACAGAAAGAUUAAUAGCUCUAAACAGCAAAAAGAUUCACCUGGGAGGAUAGGUGAAGCUGCUGUGAAAAAUGCUCAUGGAAAAAAUAUUACAUGUGAACUUCCACAAAACUGUACUACUGUAUUAGAUGGAUCAGAGGAAUGUAAAAGUAAUCUUAUACAAAGAGAAAGUGUAAUGCAAGAAAAAGAUUGUCCUAUUGCUGAUGGUUUGCGGAUAGAGAAUGCGUCUUGUUCAGUUAAUAAGUCUGUAAACGUGUGUGGUAUUGUGCAAAAACCAUCUCUACCUGGGUUUAAUAAAAUUACUCAGGCCAAAUGUAAGACUGCCAACGCAGUUCCACAGAGUCGUUCUACUUCUAGCAGGAUGACAAGUAAGAGCUUAACCGACAAAUCAAAAACUUCCUAUGGAAAGGACAAUUCAAAACCUCUCCCUCGGGCAUUACAUGGUCAAAGACAAACUAGUAAACCUGUGGUUCGGGUUAAUACUGGACAAACAAAACCAGUCUCCAGGCCAAACCUAUCUACAAAGAUACUGAACACCAAUAAUGCAACGCAGACCUGGCCUGUGAAGUCUUCAAAGAUUGAAACCUCACAUCAAAGAGAUCCUCGGGGAGCAAAGACAACACUGGCUCCAAAAAACAAUCACAAAACCCAAACUGUUAGGAAUCUUACUCCAUGUUUGCAAAGUACUAUAGCUGUCAGAAGGAAUAUAGGGGUUGUACAGAAGGGCACUGUGAGUAGCAACUUGAAGUCUGGCUCUUCCUGUGUUAUAGCACCUAAAAAAAUAUCUAGUAGGCCAGCACCCAGUGCUCACAGCAGGGACAUUAUUUCCAAAAAAGCCUUGGAUAAUCAGAGAGGCAUUUUACCAGUAAAACAAGGACCCAGGUGGUAUAGCACAGGAUCAAGUAUCUCCACCAGGCCAGCACCCAAAAAUCCUGGGUCAGUAGUAGUGUCUUCUGUUAAACCAGUAGGUACAAUGAAAAAGGAGGGCCUAGUUACAGUUAAUAAAUCUGUAAAGCACAAUAAAUCUGUUGUCAAUCACACAACAUCUCAAGCAACUGACACAGGAACCAGUAAUCCUGCAAGGACACAAUACUUCACCCCCAAAAGUGCCGCAGAGGAUCGCAGGUAUGUUCAUAUUGUGAAUUUUAACCUAGUCUAG